AUGAAUAUCAAAAGUGAAUUAAAUUAUAGUAAUGGAAGUAAUGAUUCAGAUAUAUAUAAUGAAUAUGGUGGUGGAAGUGGUGAUGAAACAUAUAAUAAAAGCGAUACAGUUGAUUUUAGAUCAAAAGUAAUACCACAACAAUCUAAUUUACCACCAAUAAAUAAUAAAACUGAUAGAUCCCAUUUUCGGGAAUCAAUGGUAGCAUCAAAAAAAACAAUUGGUGCAUUUGUAAUCUCUGAUAUUGCAAUUGGAAAAGGUGCAUUUGCAACUGUCUUUAAAGGUUUAAAUACAUUAUCUGGUGAUUUUGUUGCAAUUAAACGUUUUGAAAAAUCAAAAAUUUCAAAUGAACAACAUUCAAGUGUUUCUACAGAAUUUGAUAUAUUACAAAGAUUAAAUCAUGAAAAUAUUGUUAGAAUUUUAGGUAGGGAAGAGAAUGAAAAUUAUAUAUAUAUAUUUUUAGAGUAUAUGGAGAAUGGUUCAUUGUCAACGAUUUUAAAUAAUUUUGGAACAUUUCCAGAAUCAUUAAUUUGUAAUUAUGUUGAGAAUGUAUUGAAAGGAUUAGUUUAUUUACAUCAAGAGGGUGUUAUUCAUAGGGAUAUUAAAGCGGCAAAUAUAUUGAUAAAUAAAGCAGGUGAGGCGAAAUUGAGUGAUUUUGGUACUGCAGGUGAAAUUAUAAAGGAAUCAGAUAAACGUUAUAGUGUGGUUGGUACUCCAUAUUGGAUGGCGCCAGAGGUUAUAGAGAUUAGUGGUCAUUGUCAAGUAUCUGAUAUUUGGUCAUUAGGUUGUACAAUCAUUGAAUUAUUCACUUCUUAUCCACCCUAUUUCGAUUUAAAUCCAUUGGGUGCAAUGUAUAGAAUUUGUCAAGAUGAUAGACCACCACUACCAGAUGACAUCUCUUCAGAAUUGGCAAAUUUCUUGGAACGUUGUUUUUGUAAAUCAACAGAAGAAAGAGCAACAGCUAAAGAAUUAUUAUCACAUCCUUGGAUCACUAAAAAUCGUACAAAUUUAAUUAACCAUCAAAGAAAUUCUUCAAAACAAUUUACUUCACCACAAAUUAUAAUUAAUAAUCAUCAAAAAUCAUUAUUAAGUAAUAGUAGUGGUGGUGAUGAUAGUGUCACUGAUAGUGAUUUAUCAAUAAGUAAUCAAAGUUCAAGAUCGUCUUCAUUCUUACUUGAUGAUGGUGGCGGUGGUGGUGGCUCAAAAAAUCAUACUGUAAUUUUAACAAAACAACAACCAACACCUGAUCAAAUUGAAUUUAAUAAAAUGCAAAUGGAAUUACAAUUACUAAGAUUAAGAGUUGGUGAAUUAGAAACUGAUUUAAAGAAAGAACAAGAUUUAAAGAAAGAUUCAGAUAGAAAAUAUAGAGAGAUAUUAUUAUCAUCAAUGCAUUAUAUUUAUAUAAUCGAUUCAACAAUGAAUACAAUUACAAAUAGUGGUGGUCAAUCAAUUAAACCUCAAAUUUCAAAUGAUGUAAAUCAUCUUAGAUCAAUUAUGAGAGAUCAAAUUGAAACUGAAUACUUUCAAACUUUUCCUGACGAUAAUAUGGUACCAAGGUUCAUUCAACGAAGAUUCACUCAUGUUGAUCAAGCAAAUAUGAUGAUACCAAAGAAAGCUUUGGAAGCUCAAAAACGUAGAGAAAAAGAACAAGAGAAAUUAAAAGAACAAGAGAAAUUAAAAGAAAAGAAAAAAGAAAAAGAUAUUAAAAAAGAAAAAGAUAAAAAAGAUAAAAAAGAUAAACAAUUAAAAGAUUCAUCAUCAUCUACCACCACUACAAAUUCUACACCUUCAACUCCUGAUCAUUCAGCUUUUCAUUCUUCACCAAUUACUCCUUUAAGCCCUGUUAGAGAGAAUAGUAAACCUUUUCUUUCUUUAAAAGGAAGAUCUUCUUCAAAAAUUUUUAAUGAAUAA